AACAAGCAUCCCCGCAGUGUUGAGCAGUCCUGUUGGAACCCGGUCGAGAGAUACGCGUUGAAAUGACCUCCUCCAAGACUUCUCCCCUGACCCUGCUGGACUCCUCCAGGUCCCUGUGCUGCCAUGUCCGCACCUCGGCCAUGGCCAUCGGCCUCGUCCACAUGAUGUUCAGCUGCACUCUGUUGAUGGACACCAUUGUGAAAGUCUCCUAUGGGAAAGACAGCUGUGGAUUCCCUCACCCCCCCUUCCUCUCCUUCAAGGAACGUGUCUUGGAUACAACCACCAACUUCUUUCUGAUCUUUGGGAUGUUUGUCACCGGUCUCAGCCUGCUGUAUGGGGUGCUCAAGCAGCGGGAGGGCCUGCUCAUCUGCUUCCUGGUCCUGCAGAGCGCUGACAUUGUCCUGAGCGUUCUGUCUCUCUUCUACGUCCAGAUGGGGCUCCCAGGGACCCUCAACUAUGAGGAGCUCCUCAAGAAAUGGAUCUACUUGAAUGGUGCGCAUGAGCUCUCACCCCAGGACGUCAACAAGUUCAUGAUCAUUUUCUCCACCAUCUUCAUCCUGGUUCUGCUUAUUAAGAUCUACACUGUGAGCUGUGUGGGGAAGUGCUACAGGUUCAUCAAGAAUCGCAACCAGCCUCCCAGCGACAACGAAUGCAAGCCCAUGGCUGUGCUUCCCUCCUACCAUGAGGCCUUGAUGUUGCCCUCCAAAGGGGACCCCCCAGCCUACAAGGGACCCUAAACAGCUGACAGCGAUGGGGCUCCCUGCAUCUGCUUCUUGCCAGCCAGCCAGCUCCGUGGUUUACUGUAGUAGUAUGGUAUUGUUUUUGUAUGUGUUAGCUCCAUAUUACAGCUUGCGUGUGAGAACUGGAUACACAGGGUGACCAGGCGUCCCGGUUUACAGUAGGGUGACCGGGCGUCCCGGUUUACAGUAGGGUGACCGGGCGUCCCGGUUUACAGUAGGGUGACCAGGCGUCCCGGUUUACAGUAGGGUGACCUGGCGUCCCAGUUUAGCUGGGACAGUCCCGGUUUUCCAUCAAAGGUCCCGGUGUCCCUACAUUUUGCUCAAAAUCUUUAAAAAGUCCAAUUUUUCAGCCACUUCCUGUAGCGGCAACACACUCUAAAUACCUUGUGUCAAAAUAACCACUUUUAAUUUAACUAAGGAGCCCUCCGCAGUCCAAUGGCUGUAACCAGUGUUGUGCCUGUAAUUCUUUGUUGUAGUAAAGCCCUUUUCUGUAUCGAUGCAAUAAAAUCUGCCUCUUCUUUCAAAUCCUGCUUCUUGGCUCCUGUGUGCAGAUCUGGGGUCGGUUGAGUUGAGGAGCUGUGUGACUGCUUCCGGGGCUCUGUGCACAAGCUCACCUAUCCUGCCACAGCGCUGCAGUGUGUUCGAUCUCCCCAUUACCUGCAUCCCCCCCCCCCC